CACCCAUCAAUCUUGUGUAUAAAAGCUGGGCAGACUCCAUCAGUCUGUAGUACAGCAGCUCCAACCAAAUACAUCCCAGCUCACAAGCAGACACACUCACGGAGACCAGCAAUGAAGACCUUCUUGCUGAUGCUGUGUUGCCUGGCAGCCAGUUAUGCCUGGAGAUGCACUGAGGCUCCUCGCCUCUAUAACACCGUACAGAUUGAUGCUGGACAGGGCAAAGUGGUGGCUAGAGACAGAUACUAUUAUGCUUACUUUCUCAGUGGAACCAGGUGGUCCAGACUCGGCAGUACUAGACUGAAGCAUGUCACAGUAGGACCUGCUGGGAUCUGGGGCACUGACUCUUCAAACAGAGUGUAUAAAUUCAUUGCCGGCAACUUCACAACAGUUCCAGGAUCUUUGCAGCAGGUGGAUGCAGGCGGCGAUGGCCAGGUUGUUGGAGUAGCACCCCGUAACUUCUAUGCCUACUGUCUGCGGAGUACCUACGCUUCACUCUACAAAGGUACGGGAUCUGUGGGCUGGUCUUACCUGUCAAGGACGAUGAAGUACUACAGCUGCAGCCCCAACAAUGUUUGCUGGGGUGUUGACACAAGGUCGCAAGUCUACGUCACACAGAGAAUAACACCAACCACCUGUGGCACCUAUAACUGGAUCAGAGUGUCAGGGCAAAGCAUGAAAAUGGUGGAGAUUUCGACUGAUGGAUCUGUGUUUGGAUUGGCCACAAAUGGUCGGGUCUACCAAAGAAUUGGCAUCUCCAGCUCUCGCCCACAAGGUACAGCUUGGUCGUAUGUCUCCAUGUGCAUGUCAAUAAACCACCUGAGCUACGACCUGGGUCGUCUUUGGGUCGCCACCACCUCUGGCUUGCUCCUGGUGUGCACCCACUAGUGACAUGGAUGGAUCAUCAUCAGUGGGCAGUGUACUCAGUGUGUCGUGGAAAACUUCAUUUUUUUUCUUUGUGAAAGGGAAAUUCUUUAAGUGGUAUGUUGGCUGUCAUCUCUGUGUAUUUCUAUCCAUUCUUUUGAUUAUUCCAUACACACAGUUAGUACAUUAUUAGCAUGUGAUACGUUUUUUUCCCCUCCGCAUUAUCACCGGAGUAACCAUUAAUCUCCUUGCUGUUACUUUUUGUGGAAAGAGUGAACAUUAAGAAAAUGACUCAUAGAUGCAUAGGUGACUUUUUUUUUUUUUAAAUUCAGCAACACUGCACAAAACUUACUAGCAACAAAGUAGCUACAACGGUAAAAAUAUUCUGCAAAUUGACACAUUUAAUUUAAAUUUGUCGAAUUAAAUAAACUCAAACUUAUCGUACUGUGAAACAGAAAUAAAUGCCAAUAAGAAAUGUGCAUGCAGCCAUAAAGAAAUGCCUUAAAGAUGGACCUUGAGUCCAACUGACUGGUUAUGAAGUGUCUCAGCCAUCUUCCACAUGCCAGUUACUAGCAUACUUUCUACUGUUAAGAAAUGAAUAUACAUAUAAUUUCAUGUGGGUUUUGUCAGGUAGCCUUUGAAUGUUUAUCACAUGUUAGAAAUGGAAUGUAACACUGGUUCUUCUGGUGUAAAGUAUUCAAACUGGGAAAUGCAAUAAAGUUUGGUUAGCACAACCACUUGUUAGAACAGUGCUUUUAGGUUUAGCCUCAAUAUUAACAAAUCAUAAACAUUUAGCUUUAGAUUUUUCAGGAAUUUUGGUUUUGAAAGCUAAAUUGUGCUUUUGAGCACAAGUAUCAGAAAAAGCUACAACAUGCAACCAAUGAGAGUUUGUCUUACUGAAGACUUUAGUUAAUGAAAGGUGCUUUCUUAUUUGCUGAACCCAAUUAGUGGAUUUGGAUUCUGAAGUAGUUUGCAGGGACUCUAGUAAGAACAAUACUUGGUAAGUAAGUUCGCAAGGUGGUGUCUUUUCUUUUAACCUUUGUAAAAAUGCCAGAGAUCAGGGAUGAAGCUGUUGUGGCUGAACAUGUUGACCCAACACCAAAGACACUUUACAUAGGGGUUUCCUUUAAUUUGUCACGCGUCUAUUACCUGUAUCCUAUAUUUUUAGAAUACCUCGUUGUGUUGCUUUUUGAGGGCAUUUGUACAAAAUAAGUCAAAAGAGCAUCUCAUAAAAACUGUUUCCAUGGA